AUGAAAUUAUUUUAUUUAAAUCAUCAUCAUCAUCAUGAAUCUAUCUAUCUAUCUAUCUAUCUAUCUAUCUAUCUAUCUAUCUAUCUAUCUAUCCCAGUCUGUUCAAAUCUCUAUCUAUCCCAGUCUGUUCAAAUAUCUAUCUAUCUAUCUAUCUAUCAAUCUAUCCCAGUCUGUUCAAAUCUAUCUAUCUAUCUAUCUAUCCCAGUCUGUUCAAAUCUAUCUAUCUAUCUAUCUAUCUAUCUAUCUAUCUAUCUAUCAAAUUCCUCUUCCUUUUCACAUUUAAUUUAUCCAUUUUUCCCUUUCUUUUUCAUCUCUUCUUUACUCUUUCCUAUUAUUCCUCUCUAUUUAUUCCACACAUUUCUUUCUUUCUUUCUUUCUUUUCUUUUCUUUCUUUCUUUCUUUUUUUCUUUCUUUCUUUCUUUCUUUCGAUCUUUCUUUCUUUCUUUCUACCGUUAUUUUCUCAUUGUUUUUCCUUUCAUUUCCUUUCUUAUUAUUACUCUCAUUUUACUCAUACACUUUCUUUCUUUCUUUCUUUCUUUCUUUCUUUCUUUCUUUUCUUUUCUUUUUCCUUUCAUUUUUCUCUUUCCUAUUAUUCCUCUCUCUUUUACUCCUGCACAUUCAUUCUUUCUUUUUCUUUCUUUUUACCGUUAUUUUUCUCAUUCUUUUUCCUUCCAUUUUUUCUUUCCUAUUAUUACUCUCACUGUUACUCAUGAACUUUCUUUCUUACUUUCUUUCUUUCUUUCUUUUUUUCUUUCUUUCUAUUUACCGUUAUUUUUCUCUUUGUUUUCCUUUCAUUUUUCUCUUUCCUAUUAUUCCUCUCUCUUUUACUCAUACACAUUCUUUCUUUCUUUCUUUCUUUCUUUCUUUCUUUCUUUCUUUCUUUCUUUCUUUCUGUCCGAAUUCUUUUUUAUGCAUUUCAAUAUGCAUCUAGCAAUAUACAGAUUCUGUCUUUCAAAUUUACUGUUUCUUUCUUUCUUUCUUUCUUUCUUUCUUUCUUUCUUUCUUUCUUUCUUUCUUUCGUUCUUUCUUUCUUUCUUUCUUUCUACUGUUAUUUUCCCUUCUUUUUCGCUUAUCUCUCUCUCUCUCUCUCCCCCCCACUCUAUUUUCUUUCAUUUUGCUUUCUCUUUUCCCUUUACCUCUAUUCAUUUUAUCUUUCCCACCUUGCCUUCUUAA